AUGUCAGAUGAACAUGAUACUGCUAAAUUACAGGAUGAUGGUGAUCGCUUACCUUCAGCUGGCAGUGCAGUAUUAAAUACCAGUGAUGGAAACACUGAUGUCAGUGCAACUCACGGGACUACAGCCUCCAAACGUUCUGUCCUGGGAUCGAAGACAUUGAAGACGAAGGCAAGUUUAAUGAAAAAUCAAGUCCGUCCUGAAGCGUUCGAAACAGUAUCAGCGGACGAAGUGGACCCCUCAUUUAAGUUAAAAACCAUCGGAAAGCUCGAUGAACAGCUGGUGCUAACUCCAAUGGAGUUAAAAGAAGAAGUCUCUCGAACACUAACAGAUAAGAAUCCGAAACAACCAGACAAUUUAGUCGAAUACAGUCAGAAAGACAGCUGCUUUGUAGGUGUUGGUCCCACUACUUACGCCGCUGUUCUCUAUGAGUUGCAAGAUACUGAGAGUGAAUCGAAGGAAGAGAUUGCAGCUCAAGAAUCGGAAGAGAAAGACGCAGCUGCAGACGAAGAAGGUGCAGGGGAAGAGAAUGCGGUAGACGGGGAAGAUGAGGAGAAGGAAGAGGAUGUUGGGCGAAAAGACAGUUCUGCCGACGCUCCGCGGGCGGGGGGAGCGAAAAAAAUAACAAACCAAUUUAACUUCUGUGAGAGAGCUGCAAUGACUUUUAAUAACAAAAAACGUAUUAUAGCAACACAAACAAUGCCACCUCCUCGUGCGGUGUUUUCAAAACAAAUUUGUCAGUAUACAAUUUACGAUGGUUACCAAGAAGAUUUCCAGAACCAGAAAAGAGAGAAAGAAAAGGAAAAAGAAAGAAAGGAAAAGGGACAGCAACAGCAAACACACACAACAGCUCCAACAAAGAAGAAAAUUUGCAAAAAAAAUAAUAACUUAUCGGAAACUUCGAAAAGAAUGGCUGCAGCGGUUAGAACAUUGGAAAGGAUGGUUAAUCAGAAUAUCUUCGAUGAUAUUGCUCAAGUUGAUUUUAUGAAAUCACCUCCCCAAGGUGCGGUGUGUCUUUAUACAUUAAAGAAUCCAUCUCAUCCAGAAUACGUGUUCACCACGGAUGCUCCUGUAAUGUGUGUAGACAUCCAUCCCGCACACCCUCAUCUGUUUGUGGUGGGAAGAUGGGAUGGAAAUGUGGCAGUGUACAACGUGCGCCUCCACAGCAACCAACCUCAGUAUAGAAGUAAUUCUGUGAGACAUAAACAUGAAAGCAUUGUUUGGCAGGUGAAGUGGGGUUGUGGAACUGCAAUUACAUUUCAUCCAAAUGAACCAUUAACAUUUCUGGUGGGCACUGAGGAAGGCUAUAUUCACAAAUGCAGUACUGCAUAUACGUCUAUGUACCUAAUGACAUACCAAGCUCACCACAUGCCGAUACAUCGUAUUGACUAUAAUAAAUUUAAUCCAAAUAUAUUCAUUUCAUGUAGUGCAGAUUGGAGAAUAAAAAUGUGGGAAGACAACAGAAUGAUUCCACUGUUUGUCUUUGAUGUUGGCUCACCAAUUGGAGAUAUUGAAUGGUCCCCGUAUUCAAGUACUGUUUUUGCUUGUGUUACGAAUGAUGGAAAAGUCCAUGUUUUUGACAUCAAUAUCAACAAAUAUAAACCAAUAUGCUCACAGUCUGUGGUUUCGAAAAAACGAAAUAAGUUAACAAGACUAUCCUUCAAUUUUAAAUUACCCAUAAUCAUCGUUGGGGAUGACAGAGGCUCCCUUAUCACUCUGAAAAUGUCACCAAAUCUUCGGAAGAAAAUGAAACCACCUAAGAAAGGACCUCCCAUAGAUCCUUGGGUAUUGGAGGCACGGAAACUUGAAAAACUUUUGGCGUUGGUCCGAGAACCAGGACAGCAAGUGGAACUGAGUGUAUCCGCCCGUGAAUAAUGUUGACAUGAUUCUCUGCAAAGAAAGCAAAUGACCAGACGAAAAUCAGAAAACUCUAUAGGGUAUUCCAGCCCAGACCAAGAUAAGAUAAAGAAAAAUUUAUUCAAGAAAAAAGCGAAGAAGUGGAAGAACAUAACAACAAAUGGAGAUCUUAAGAAAAUUUCCAGGUCAUCCGAAAUAUGAUCACGGAGUGUAACCAACAAUGACGAAUGUUAAGAACGAGAACGACAAAAUAAAUACAACAAAAGAAGAGAUCACGGAAAGAUGGGAAGAAUACACGAAAAAGUUAUAUGAGAAGAACUUACAAAUAGAGUUGUGGAUAAAUAUAGAUGAUUACGAAAAAGAGCCAAAGAUAGAAGAAACGCAUUGGGCGACAAAACCACUGAAAAAUGGGAAGUCCCCGGCUGUAGAUAAUACUCAAAUCGAACUAUGCAAAGCUACAGGAGAAGAAAUCUUGGCGAAAUGGAUCUGGAAAAGAAAUAGUGAACAGAUUCGCAACGUACUAUAAUUAUUCCAUUACCUAAGAGAUUGUGCAAAUAACACCACCAUUGCAUGAAUACCGUGUGAUUGAGUCAAUCUGCAAAAGUCAUCCGUCGGAAAAAAAAUAUUUAAAAAUGUUAUUGAUGUAAGCCUAUACUUUCUUAAGAUUUUCAAACACAAUUCACAUUGAAAGAAACCCCAUUUUCUAUCUCCUCUGGAAAGUUGUGUAGAUUACAUUACGUCGCGUAAGCGUUAGCGUAAAGCAUAUCCUAAGAUCAUACUCACAGAAAAAGAUUUCCUUGUUUUUUAAACUCGUUUGAAUGUUCCAUAUUAUUUAUAUCAUUGUGGCCGAUACGUCACGAAAGAGUCACGUGCAACUGGUUUUGCAUACUGUAAUUUCUACAGAUAACUUUUUCU